AUGCCUUUCCUGAACCUGGCCAGGCCCCUAAACUCGGCUAUGGAAGACAACAAUUACCACAGAUACUAUGUCAAGGACCACUACGAGGAGCAGUUUGAGCAGGCAGGUCUGGGGCGUAGCGACUGCACGGCAGCGGCAGAAAUCGAAUGGAACCCACCCACGGGCAAGCAAUACCGGUGGGGGUUUUUGAGGCUGGAGGUGGAGGUUGUUGUGACUGAGCUCGAGGGGCCGGUGGAUCUUGGAGACUUGAUUGUUGGGGAGGGAACGGGUGGUGGUGGUGGUGACAACGCAAGUUCGGCGGGGGUAGUGUUGGGAGGGUAA